GGUUUACGUGCAAAGAAACGCCAUUUGUAUGAGUAUUUACAGUGUAAAUAACGGUAAUAGGUACAUGUGGGGACACUCUUAUGCAAAUGAGUGAACGUGCGAUAAAAAGGUGAGUUUAUCUCGUGGGAGCCGAACUCCCCGCCCAACGCCGAGCUCACAUUCCACAGAUUCCCUCCCUAACCUCACCUGCCUCUUCACUCCUCCCUCCCUCUCACUCCUCUCUACCUCUCAAUCCCUCGUGUCUCACCCCCUCCCUCUCACUCCCUCCUCUAUCCCGUCGCUCCAUGCUCCCUCUCACUCCUCUCUCCCUCUUCACUCCUCUCUCCACCUCACUCCUCUCUCCCCCUCACUCCUUCUCUCUAACUCUGCCUCCUUUUCCCCUUCUCAGUCCCCAAAGGGUGUUCCUCUACGACCAUUCACGUAGAAAAAGUAGGACUAUAUAUAUAUAUAGGCCUAUAGUCCUACUUUUAUACAUAUACAUAUCAAUGAAUCUAUACUCCUAGACUAUAGACUGUGGAAAUGCCCUCGUUUGUUCCCACAGCGAGCACUCCCGUGACCCGUUCCGUAUGUCUGCAAUUAGGUUUUCAAUCUCCCCGGCGAAAGCGCUGACACAGCCGCGGAACGCCGCGAAAAGAGCCCCGAAGAAAGCACCAGAACCGGCCCAAGGUGUGCUGCAAUGCAUCGGUCCCACGGAACCACAGUGUCCCCGAAGAGUAUCCACUGAUGCGCGAUACUUUUCACAUGGCAGUGCUAUCCACCAAAAAAAAGAGACCGCACACACUUCUCCGCUGUGCAUGUGGAAACUUUACACGUAAGUUGAUCGAUUCCCCAUUUUCGGGAAGAGAUCCCUCAUUUUAGUUUUUUUUUAGCUUUUCAGUUUUUUCUAUAGUUCGCGGAUAAAACAAUAGUAUAGUUCCGUACCUGGCGGAGGGUUGUUCUAGUGCUGGGCUAAGUUGUUGGGCUGGAUCCCCAUGAGAAUUUGUAACUUCAUAGGUAAUCGUUCCCGUGGUUUAGUCCCAUGCGUGUGGAGGAGGGAAGGUGUCCUCCAUGGUCUCCGGAACAAGAAGACUCUCCGUGGCUCUGCACCCAAACUGGAGGAAUACGAGCACUUUCUCCCCAUACCUCAACCGCUGCAGUAGGAUGAGUGGAAGGGAUCUGCGAGCCUUCAUCACACACUGCAGAACACAAGAUGGUGCAGGCAAACAUCUGGUCUGGAAGAGGGAUGGUUCUGUCAGCAGCCGGUGCCAGCCCACAGAAUACCAACGUCUGGAAGCCGCCCUGCAAGCAAGACGUCAAGAAUCGGAAACCAUCGCACAGAAGGUUCAGCAGACUCUGUCUGCAGCCAGGUCGUCCAAGGAGACGUCGCUGCUCCGACAACACAGACAGGUGUGGUCCCGGGAACACCUGAGGCUGAGGACAGGAGAGGAGGCGGCAGUUAGUGACCUGGAGGGUUUUGUGGCACAGCUCGGCUCGACCAAUGAGCUUCAAGAUCACGGCUCGACCAAUGAGCUUCAAGAGCACGGCCUGCAUCUUGAGAGGGAGAGAGAGCUUUUCAAGAUGGCCACAGUGGAGCCUGUUCUCCAGCUCCGAGACGACCUCCGCUUCAGGAUGGAUGAACUCCUCCUCCAGCGCCUGACUCUCCACCCCUCUGAAGGACUGCAGAUACAGCAACAGGUGAACCUGGUGAAGCAGCAGCAGGGGGCGGUCACGGGAAGGCUGCGUGCUGAGCUGCUGGCGUUGGAGGAGGAGGUGGCAGCCCUAGGCCUGGAGGACUGUGUGGCGUGUGGGUCUGAGGCGGACCCAGAGCCCGUUCCAGGGGAGGUGCUGGAGGCAGACUGUCCCUACCCUGAGCUGAAGCUCUCCGUGCUGCAGAGCUUUCAGACACUGGCGGAGAGCUACCAGUCCAGGCAGCGCGGCAUCAGGGAGCGUCUGGGGGGCAUGGACAGGUGUUGCGGCUGGUCUGCCAGUGACCACCUCUGCUUCCAGUGGACAGUGGGUCAAUACGCGCCGGACCCGCCCAACCACAGGGCUCUCUGCGCAGACAUGCUGCUCCGACUCCUCCCACACAGAAACCGCCAAGACCUGAUGGAUCACGAGCGCGCAUGGGACUGGCUCUGCUUCAGCCAGGCCCAGCUGCGGGCGCUGGCCCAGGCGCGGCAGCGCGACCGGGGGGAGCUGCUGGCCCGGGCCCUGGUCACCCUGGAGGAGGCCCGGCUCGCCCACCAGGAGGAGCUGCUCCUCCACCGGGAGCGCCGGCUCCAGCUGGACACCUGCAACCAGCUCAGGGACAAGGUGCAGCAGUGGCGGGCGCGGCAGGAGGAGGUGUCCCAGCUGGAGGCGCUGAUGGCCGCCAGGCGUCAGGAGGAGGAGGAGAGGCGUCUGGGCAGGAGGCGGGACAGCGAGGCGUCCGUCAGGUCACACCAGAGAGACAAGUUGAAGGAGUUCUACGCGAGGCAGCAGGACAGGAGGGAGCGUCUGGAAAGGAGAGACGAGGAGACACUGGCUCUUCUCAGGAGCUCCAUGGAAGAGCAGGCCAGGAGGGACCAGGAGAGGGUGCGGUAUCGCGAGGAGACCCUGCUGCUCCGCAGGCAGGAGAGGGAGGCGGGGGAGCUGCAGCGCCGGAGGGAGCUGGAGGAGACACGGACCCGCCUGGAGGCCCUCAGGAGCCAGGUUGCCGUGGUAGCAGAGGCCGACCCAGAGAGGAUGAUGGGGGAGACUGAAGCAUGGAGGAGUCGUCAGAAGGAGGGAUGUGAGCCCCAGAAGCCCCUAUACAACAUCAACACGUACACAGACAGCCAGAUCGUGUCGGACCCCAGGGUGCGCGUGGAGCAGGCACUCCGUGAGGCGGGUCUCCACCAGACCCCCUACGCACGCCAGGUCCUGGCCGACAUCCGGCCCCCCAGGGCCCCUCGCAGAGACACGGUGUCCGCCGGCCUCAGGACAGACCCAACCCCUGGGUCUUACGAAGGGAAAUGACCAAAACAUAAACACGCAGCAGUAUGGCAGUUUACACUAUCAGAUCAUGUAGAAAACUUAGGUCAUUUGUUUCCAGAAGGAUUAACAUUGUAUUUACUGCUGAUGGACCACGUGUUUAUGGACUCUUUAGAACCACGAUCCGUUCGAAUGAUAUAUGUAGGCGUAACCCUGUUAUGACACUUCAUUAAUAUUUGUUUAAUAAUGUUUCUCAUCGUCUACCAAAUGAAAGGAGCUUAUGAUGCCAAAUGAGCAUGUUUCCACUGGUAAUUGGCUAGUUAUAAGAUUGUAUAAGUUUGUUAUUAUAGAAAUUGAAUUAUUCUGACAACGCGUUUAAUUGGCCAGUGUGUUGCAAAACACACUAUGUAUUUCACAUGUAUCCGUUUGGUGUGUAAAGUGUAAAGAUACAUAAUAACUGUAAAGAACACUGAGAAUUAAGCUUUAAGAACACUUUAUUUUUUCAUAUUCAACAUGACACUGUAACAUUAUACACAAUACACUUCACAGUACAUAUAAUAUAAAUACAGAACAAAAUUAUUUUGUUAAAUACGUUAAAUAAUGAGCAAGUGAUUGUAAUAAAAUCAUACAUUCUUUAGGUCAAAAAAGGUAACUCUUUAUAUAAUAACUAGAAGCUUAUCAGAAGCACCAAAGCGUGAGGAGUAAGAACACAUAUCCACAUGGUAAUCACAUGAAUCCAUCCUUAUACACAUAUCUAUAUAAUAUAAUGUAUAUAUUAUAUA